AUGUGUGUUGUUGGUGGAUGGGGUCGUAUUACUGAGAAAGGGCCACUUUCUUCGGUUCUUCAGGAGGUGCAACUGAACCUGUUAGAGCAAAGCAAGUGCAGACAUGUCCUACAAACACUAAGAUCUGGACAGAAGACCUUCACAGUCCUGUGUGCUGGCCCAGACAGUGGAGGGAGAGAUGCCUGCCAAGGGGAUUCUGGGGGUCCCCUCCUCUGCCCCAGAGCAGAUGGACGCUGGGUGGCUGUGGGAGUCACAUCAUGGGGAAAGGGUUGUGGUCGAAGCUGGAAUAACAACAAGAUCAAACCCUCAUCCAGAAGAGGCUCACCUGGAGUAUUCACUGAUGUCUUAAUGUUCCUGUCAUGGAUCAAGUCUAAUCUUAGAAAAGGUGCAGACAGGUCUCUGUGCGGUGUACCUGAUGGAGUUGUACCUGGAAGUGAAGGCAUCAUCAAAAAUCCUGCUCACCCAGGUCAAAGCUACAACAACAAUGAGAUGUGUCUGUGGUCCAUUCGAGUUGCCGCUGGAGAACAUAUACUACUGGAGUUCCUGGAGUUUGACCUGGAGAAUGAUACACAGUGCCACAGCGAUCACCUGACUGUGUACGUGGAUGAAGACAGGCAAAUAGGUCGAUUCUGUGGUGGUCAACCUCCACCUCCGGUUCUUAUUGGUGGUUCCCACAGUAUCACAGUGCAGUUUGUGUCUGAUGUAAGCAGCACAGGUGCAGGAUUUGCCAUCCAAUUCAGUGCUGUUGACAAGGACUACAGUUUUGGGGCUGAAUGUGGAACAGUGGUGCUGUUACAGCCCAAGGGGGCUGUGUGGAGCCCCGGCUACCCGCAAGCCUACAGCAACAACACUCUUUGCCGCUGGGUCAUCUAUGCCCCAGAGGGCCAUAUAGUCAAGCUGGACUUUGAUGACUUUGACCUUGAGGAGUCAGAGAACUGCAAAUAUGAUUCACUCACAGUGUUUGGAGACAUUGAUGGCAAGGAUGAAAUAGUGAUUGUAUGUGGCGCGAGCAUCCCUCCAGCUGUUCUCAGCUACGGUCGCAUAAUGCUUCUACAGUUUAGCACAGACAACACCAUCUCCACCCAUGGUUUCAACGCCUCCUUUUCUUUUAUCAGCGAAAAAGAUCUCAGCGAGUCGGCGUUUGAAAAUCAGGGGGAGGAAGCAGAUGAUGACAGCAGAGUUAUCUCACCACAUUUGCAGGCUGCUCCGUAUGGAAUGCCUGACAUCUUUGCUACCUCUGGACUGGAAGCCCCAAGGACAACAGAGGAUGAUGGGAAACUGUCGUGGCACGUGAGCAUUAGUUUGGGUGCAGGUUAUGAAUGCAGUGGGGCGAUCAUCCAGUUGCAAUGGAUCCUUACUGAAGCACACUGUGUCUAUAACCUGGAAGAACGACACUUGAGACUUUUAUCAGUGACAGCAGGAGGCUCAAAGAAACAGAUCUAUGACGUGAUUGGAGUACUCAUACACCCUCAUUACAGCCCAUUCUCUCUCGACUACAAUGUGGCUUUGCUUAAGCUGAGCUCUCUGUUAAAUCUCAGUGAAAGUACGCAGCCUGUCUGUCUACCCUCUGCUGGACAGGAAAUCCCACCCUCCAUCCAUUGCUGGGCUCCGGCGUGGACCAGCCAAAUGUCAGGACCUGUACGGCUAAAAAUAUCAGUGCUGGAACGAGCGGUGUGUGAACAACGCCACAGAACUAGAUUGACACCUACUAUGCUAUGUGCUGGACUGAGCAGUGGAGAAUCAUGCAUGACUCACUGGACUGCUGGACCUCUCGUUUGUCUAACAAACACAUCUGGUGUUGUUCUGAUGGGAGUGAAGGGUCGGGGAGAACCGUGUGGUGGAAUCCAGAAGUGUGCGGUAUAUUCCUCAGUACCAGCCAUUAUGCACUGGAUCUCACAGCAUUUAAACAUGGAGUGAAAACCUCACAUAUUAACAUAACAACCAUUUAAAGGGGUCAUAUGAUGCUAUUUUAAAGAUCAUUAUUUUGUGUAUUUGGUGUAACAG